AUGAAGACUGUCGCCAUUGCCAUCGUCUCUCUGGCUUCUCUCACCGUCGCCGUCCCGGCCGACAAUACGCAGCAGUGCAAGCCCGCCACCUACCAGUGCGGGCCGGGCAACCCCAGCACGUCGUGGGAUGUGUGCAACACCAGCGGCCAGUGGGUGUUCGCGGGCACAUGCCCCCCGAAGACGGUCUGCAAGUUUGAUGCGCAGAACGGCAGCCCCUACUGCGUCCCUCCCAGCUAUACCAUCUCGUGA